CAGGCAUGGGAAGUUCAGGGUGCGCUUGCGGACGGUUUUUUGGUAAACUCGCUGCGUUCCUGCCACCGGUACGUUUCUGCGACCCCGCUUUAUUGCUCUCCCGGGACAUACGCAGGUUUGGGGGGAUCUGGUUGCCCGAAAAAAAGUGAAAAGGGGUCCCAGGAGGCCGCGGUGCGACACGAUAACAGGGUGCCCUGGCAAUUUGUUACUCUGCAAAAACAUUACAAUGGCAACUGUGCCUUCAGCUGGCUGCCUUUUAGCCAAGAACCAGUACUACAGAACACGAUUGAAUUCUGAGUCCAGUGUUUCUUCAAGCAGUUCAUCUUGCUGUUCUGAUCCCACAUCAUUCUCAGACCAGGAAAAAAAUCACCACGGCUUACCUGAAAUGUUUGAAAAGUGCUGGUGGAUAAAAAGCUUUUUUCACAGUGAGCCAACACCUCCAAAUGUAGGCAGAAAAAUCUUAUCAGCCAGCAGUACUAACAGCUGAUUGGGAUAUCAAGUUGAAAGUUCCUGCUGGGACAUUAUAGACUGUCAUGUCUUGAAAUGAAUUCAUUUCUGUGAAGAAAAUGAACUGCUUGAGAAUUCAGUUGUAGAAGAAAUAAGAAAUACAGAAGAUCAAGGAUUUAAUCAGAGCUUAUUCAUCAAACAGCCAUCUUUACAGUGUCUGUUGCAAGAAUUCUUGAUAAUGAACAGGUGUUCUACAUUUCAUAAUUUUUGUGCUUCACAAGAGAAAAUGCAGACGCGAAGUCGAUUGGGAUAUGGUAUAUCUGAUUACUUGGGAUAUCUUUUACUAAAUUGAAAUGCUAUAGAUUGCUUGGGUCAAAAUCUUGUAAGUUUACCAUUCCUUUUAAGCAGCAAAAUAGACCACCUCUUUCCAUAGAAUUUAAGUUUGGGAUGUAACUAUGAUAAAAUUUACUUAAAAUGCCGAAUACAAAUUUCUCUUAUUUGUCAACAGCUAGAAGAAAACUUGUUAAGGCAUUAUUUAUGGUCUUCGAUUAAAAAACAAAAAUGGAACAUACUCAGUAUUAAACUCCUUAUCUGAUUCUAAUUCUACUAUUUGCAUUGGAGCUUUCUUUCAUAGUUGUGCUACUAUUGUAUAUUACAGCUUUGACAUCAAAUAGUAUACAAUUUAUAUUAACUCUUCAAAUUAGAGAUAAUUUAAGAACUCUGGAUUGAUUUUUUUAAUUUUUGAUGUAUACCAUUCUGUUUCAAAGCAUAGAAAAAAACCCAUAUUCUGCUUUGUAGGAGUUGUAAGUUUUAUUUACUUAC